AUGAUGCAGCACCAGCAACGAGACGAACAAGACAGAGGAAGACAAAGGACCGUUGCGAUCAGUGUAAGUUUCCUUGUUGUGGUUGCAGCUAUUGUUGUAUCACUGGUGGCCCUAGUCGGAAAUGGAGUGGAGAGGAAAAUCACCAGUAGUCCGGUUGGAUCGCAAAAUGUGACAGAAGAACAGGCUGGCUUUGCGGUGGUGCUGGUCCCAACGAGUUCUCCGACGGGUCUUCUUCGCACUCCGUCAUCGUCACAGAAUAGUGUCUCCAGCUUUUCACCAUCCCUGGAAACCAUUUCAAAUCCAAUAGAAAAGCCUGAAGCCUCAGCUGAGCCAUCAAGAGCACCAGCUGCAAAGCUGAUACCCCCGGCAACACGAGAACCUUCUAACGUUCCGACCACAAUAGCAACUCCAAUCCCAAGUAAAAAUUCCACACCUGUUCCAACGCCAGAACCUACACCGAGACCUGUAGUGGUACUUCCAGGGCCCACACCAAAGCCUACUCUACGAGUCACAUCAAAGCCUACGCUUGCUCCCACUGCUACUCCGACACUUAGAGCUACUCCGGAACCAACACCAGAACCCACUCCAGCCCCUACACACUAUCCUACUAAAGGUCCUACUCGAGGACCAACGCCUAGCCCUACUACUCCGGAACCAACACCAGAACCCACUCCAGCCCCUACACACUAUCCUACUAAAGGUCCUACUCGAGGACCAACGCCUAGCCCUACUCAAAGAUCAACUCCUUGGCCGACAGCAAAUCUAACUUCAAAGCCAACUCCGACACCCACUCAACGUCCUUCUCCACGUCCAACACCGGCUGCACCUGUUCAAGCACCAGUGCGAAAUCCGGAUUCCGACAGUGCUCCUUGCGAGUGGGAGGAAUUCAAGGAUGGACAAUGCCGAAUGUUGUAUGGGGGCACUGUGGAGACAUUUACAGAUCAUGUUGAUUACUAG